AUGAGUUGCUUUUGUAUCUGUCCCAACAAAAGUAACACACAAAAUGUCACCACCACCAUCGCUUCCACUGCAAGUAACCCUGAGAAUACCAUCACCACUGUCGCCCCCGCUUCCACUCUCCCACAUAGCUUUCUUUCAAAGAUUUUGGGAAAAGGAAAGGGGAAGGGAAAGGAAAAAGUUGAAUCCAAAGUGAAUAAGAAAAAAGAGGAUUCUGCAUCUACUUCUAGAAUUGUGACUUUAAAUUUAGGAAAUGAGGCGAUACGGAAAUUCUGUUUUGAUGAACUUAGUGUAGCAACAGACAAUUUCAGUAACAUUGUGGGUCAAGGAGGUUUUGGCAAGGUUUACGGAGGGUACUUGCUUCAAACAAAACAGGCCGUAGCUAUAAAGCGACAUGGCUCAAACAGUCAACAAGGACCUGAGGCGUUUACUACUGAAGUGGAGACAUUGAGUAAUGCAAGCCACAAAAAUAUUGUCCAAUUGAUUGGAUAUUGUUGGGAGAAUGAGCACAAGCUAUUAGUUUACGAGUACAUGAAUUUGGGAUCUUUGGAAGCUCAUUUGUUAGAUGAUCAUCUGCGAGGUUUUCUUGAUUGGGGUACAAGAAUGAAAAUAGCUACUGAAACAGCAAAGGGUGUGGAGUAUCUGCAUGAUAAAAUGAAUCCUCGUAUGAUAUACUGUGACCUAAAAAGCUCAAACAUUUUAUUAGGCGAUGGAUAUGAUGUAAAGUUAUCUGAUUUUGGGUGUGCUAAAAUAGGCCCAAAAUAUGCUUCAACAAAGAUGUUUGGUACAAUUGGAUAUUUUGAUCCAGAUUAUAUAAAAACAGGUACUUUGUCAUUCAAAUCAGAUAUUUACAGCUUUGGAGUUGUUCUUUUGGAGCUCAUCAGUGGUAGAAGAGCUUUUGAUGAAACAAGACGCGACGAUGAACCAAAUGUUGUUUUUUGGGCAAGUCCUUUAUUUGAAGAUAGAUUCACAGAGAUUGUUGACCCAUUGCUAAAAGAGAAAUUUCCUGAGAGAGAUUUACAGAAAGUUAUUGCCAUUGUUGCAUCAUGUGUUCAAGAGAAAGCUGAUAAGAGGCCUGAUAUAAGUCAAAUUGUCGUAGAACUCGAAGCUCUAAAUAAAAUGAAGUCCCAAGUUGAUGAAGCAGAAAGUUCUGGAGCAGCAGAGAGAAGGGUUGGACAAAGUUCUACAUGA